GGCGGGGUCCAAUGGGUGCCGGCUCCCGAGGAGAGGGCGGAGGAGAGGAGGAAGGAGGCGGACUCUGGGCCCCGGCCCCAUUCAUUGCCGUGGCCGGGCAGGCGAGGGUCCCGUGUUUUCGGAGUCAUGGAGGCGCUAAUUCCUGUUAUCAACAAGCUCCAGGAUGUCUUCAACACGGUGGGCGCCGACAUCAUCCAGUUGCCUCAGAUCGUUGUGGUGGGAACGCAGAGCAGUGGAAAGAGCUCAGUGCUAGAAAGCCUAGUGGGGAGAGACCUGCUUCCCAGAGGCACUGGUAUUGUCACCCGGAGACCUCUCAUUCUGCAACUAGUCCAUGUUUCACCCGAAGACAAGCGAAAAACAACGGGAGAAGAAAAUGACCCUGCUACAUGGAAAAACUCAAGACACCUUUCUAAAGGGGUUGAAGCAGAAGAAUGGGGUAAAUUUCUUCACACCAAAAAUAAGCUUUACACGGAUUUUGAUGAAAUUCGACAAGAAAUUGAAAAUGAAACAGAAAGGAUUUCAGGAAAUAAUAAGGGAGUAAGUCCUGAGCCAAUUCAUCUUAAGAUUUUUUCACCCAAUGUUGUCAAUCUGACACUUGUGGAUUUGCCAGGAAUGACCAAGGUGCCUGUAGGUGAUCAACCUAAGGAUAUUGAGCUUCAAAUCAGAGAGCUCAUUCUUCGGUUCAUCAGUAAUCCAAAUUCCAUCAUCCUUGCUGUCACUGCUGCUAAUACAGAUAUGGCAACAUCAGAGGCACUUAAGAUUUCAAGAGAGGUAGAUCCAGAUGGUCGCAGAACCUUAGCUGUAAUCACUAAACUUGACCUUAUGGAUGCGGGUACUGAUGCCAUGGAUGUAUUGAUGGGAAGAGUUAUACCAGUCAAACUUGGAAUAAUUGGAGUAGUUAACAGGAGCCAACUGGACAUUAACAAUAAGAAGAGUGUAACUGAUUCAAUCCGAGAUGAAUAUGCAUUUCUUCAAAAGAAAUACCCAUCUCUGGCUAAUAGAAAUGGAACAAAGUAUCUUGCUAGGACUCUAAACAGGUUACUGAUGCAUCACAUCAGAGAUUGCUUACCAGAGUUGAAAACAAGAAUAAAUGUUCUAGCUGCUCAGUAUCAGUCUCUCCUAAAUAGCUAUGGUGAACCUGUGGAUGAUAAAAGUGCUACUUUACUCCAACUUAUUACCAAAUUCGCCACAGAAUAUUGUAACACUAUUGAAGGAACUGCAAAAUAUAUUGAAACUUCAGAACUAUGCGGUGGUGCUAGGAUAUGUUAUAUUUUCCAUGAGACUUUUGGGCGAACUUUAGAAUCUGUUGACCCACUAGGUGGCCUUAACACUAUUGACAUUUUGACUGCCAUUAGAAAUGCUACUGGUCCUCGUCCUGCUUUGUUUGUGCCUGAAGUCUCAUUUGAGUUACUGGUCAAGCGGCAAAUCAAACGUCUGGAAGAACCCAGCCUGCGUUGUGUGGAACUGGUUCAUGAGGAAAUGCAAAGGAUCAUUCAGCACUGUAGCAAUUACAGUACACAGGAGUUGUUGCGAUUCCCUAAACUUCAUGAUGCCAUAGUUGAAGUAGUGACUUGCCUUCUUCGUAAACGGUUGCCUGUUACAAAUGAAAUGGUCCAUAACUUAGUGGCAAUUGAAUUGGCUUAUAUCAACACAAAACAUCCAGACUUUGCUGAUGCUUGUGGGCUAAUGAACAAUAAUAUAGAGGAACAAAGGAGAAACAGGCUAGCAAGAGAAUUACCUUCAGCAGUAUCACGAGACAAGUCUUAUAAAGUUCCAAGUGCUUUGGCACCUGCCUCCCAGGAGCCCUCCCCUGCUGCUUCUGCUGAGGCUGAUGGCAAGUUAAUUCAGGACAGCAGAAGAGAAACUAAAAAUGUUGCAUCUGGAGGCGGUGGGGUUGGAGACGGUGUUCAAGAACCAACGACAGGCAACUGGAGAGGAAUGCUGAAAACUUCAAAAGCUGAAGAGUUAUUAGCUGAGGAAAAAUCAAAGCCAAUUCCAAUUAUGCCAGCCAGUCCACAGAAGGGCCAUGCUGUGAAUCUGCUGGAUGUGCCUGUUCCUGUUGCACGAAAACUAUCUGCCCGUGAACAGCGAGAUUGUGAGGUCAUUGAACGACUCAUCAAAUCAUAUUUUCUUAUUGUCAGAAAGAAUAUUCAAGACAGUGUGCCAAAGGCAGUAAUGCAUUUUUUGGUUAAUCAUGUGAAAGAUACUCUUCAGAGUGAGUUAGUAGGACAGCUGUACAAAUCGUCCUUAUUGGAUGAUCUUCUGACUGAAUCUGAGGAUAUGGCACAGCGCAGGAAGGAAGCAGCCGACAUGCUGAAGGCAUUACAAGGAGCCAGUCAAAUAAUUGCUGAAAUCCGAGAGACUCAUCUUUGGUGAAGAGAACUAUAGAAUAUGGGGACUUUGUUGACUCGAAAUAUGCUAGUUACUGCCUACUUGAGUAGAAUUUUAUUUAUGAACUCCUGUGUAUUACAAUGGUAUGAAUCUGCUCAUGUGAAGAGACUGGCUAUAAACUGAAAAUUUUACUCUGUAUUGUAAAACAAAUCAUACAGUUAAUCCAAAUAAUAAAUGGCUGUUUCUAAAGUUGCCCAGUACCUAUAAAAUACAUCAAGUCUU